AUGGCUGACGACGACAAUGUUCCAGUCACUGACAAAGCUGUACCAGCUUCAGUUCAACCGAAGGUCUACCAAUUGACCGAAGAAGCCUUGCAAAGCAUUAUUCAUUCGCGGGACGGGCCUUCAACAGCUCCAGCUCUAAGUCACACGUUCAAGCGGACAGAAAAAGCGGUAUCACUGUUGUCGGCUAGGAACGAACUUCUAAUCGAGGCGGAUGAGGAUGUAUCGGUGUUUGCCUUCUACGAUCAGCAAAAGAAGGUACAGAAAACCAAGGAUCCUAUUCUGUGCAGGUGGAUCAAAAAGGAAUCGGAGACCAAAACGAAAUCGAUCGCUUGGAAGUCGAGCCGGUUCGACCCGGUUCAAAGGUCGCCAACUUCCUUUCAAUUUCAGAGGGAGGCAUGGGCUCGCGCUCCUCCCCAGUUCGUGCCCCAAACACGCUCCUACACCCAAAUGGAAGUCCAAGGCACUUCCAAUGGUUCCAGGAUGGAAGUGCGUCCUUCGACCAGAGGUGCUCUGCCCAGAGAUAUGUGCUAUGGAUGUGGACGUUUCGGACAUUUCGCAUCGGACUGCAAGUUCAACAGGAGAAGCAAUUUUGGUUGUCAUAAUUUCCACAAAGAUUUUCGUGAUUAUUUCGUAAUAUCCACGGACGCGUCAAAUUCGUGGGUGGGAGCAGUUUUUCACACCUCCACAAGCUCCAAUCGCAUUGCUACAGCCACCUUGCCUUGUUUUUUGAGGAAGGAAUCUAGCACCGCGAGAGAGCUGUACGGCAUCUUACAAGCGGUCAAAUCUUUCAGUCACCUUAUUAGUAAUGGAAAGGUCCAGAUUCAAACGGAUAGUCAGGCAGCGCAAUCAGUGUUUUAUAAGGGAAGCACAAAGAAAGUUUUACAACAGUUGGCUUCUCAAAUAUGGGAAAUAGUUGAAUAA